GGGAGUUCAGGAUAGACUGUUUUCCAAGCACUUUAAACUUAAGCUGUGUGUAGGACACUCGCUAAUAUUUCACAGAUGGCAGGAACAAUUGGAGAACGGUUUGUUUGUCAAAUAAAUGUUUUAGACCUUAUGUUAUACACAGUUCUGCUCAGCAAGUCAUGUGCUAUAAACUUAGACGUAAAAAAGCCUACUGUAUAUUCAGGACCUGAAGGAAGUUAUUUUGGAUUUUCAAUGGAUUUUUAUCUACCAGCCACAGGGAAUGCCAAAAUUGUCGUGGGGGCUCCCAAGACAAACACAAGCCAGCUUGGUGUGACUGAAAGUGGAGCAGUGUUCCUCUGCCCCUGGUCAGAGAACGGGGGUCAGUGUGACAUCAUACCAUUCGAUACCAAAAGUGACCAGGAAUAUGUGUAUGCGGAUGGCAUUGUGAAUCUGAAGACUAACAAAUCAAACCAGUGGUUGGGGGCGACAGUCAGAUCAGACAAUAAUUACAUUGUGGCUUGUGCUCCCUACUUCAAGUGGAACGCUGUUGAGGGUCAGGAUGAGUCAGGAAUAACCCCAGUUGGAAACUGCCAUAUUGCAGCCAUGUCUUUUGGCACCUAUACAGAAUAUUCCCCUUGCCGUUCAUACAAAACUGAGCAGUUCUACAAAGGUCGCAGUUACAAUGGGGACCGGAGGUUCUGUGAAACUGGAUUUAGUUCUGACAUAACCAAGGAUGGGAAGAUCGUUCUUGGUGCACCAGGAUCAUUUUACUUUAUGGGCCAGACCAUGGCAGCAAACAUACCAAAAGUCUUUGAAAGCAAAAUCCAUAGGGGGCCAAUAGUUAAUGUAGCUGGAGAAACUAAAACUGCUGAAGAUCGCUACAAUGAAUAUGAUGGUUACCAAGGUUAUUCUGUCGCUGUUGGGGAGUUUACAGGAGACUCUGUACCAGACUAUGUGGUAGGAAUCCCUAAUGGAAGAAGCACAUCUGGCACUGUUGUAAUCUAUAAUGGACAAUCAACAUACACAUUAUCAUUAGUCCAUAGUUUCUUUGGAACACAGGUAACAGCCUACUUUGGGCAUACAGUGGCUGUAACUGACAUCAACAAUGAUGGCAUGGAUGACGUUUUCAUUGGCGCACCCCUCUUCAUGGAACGAUGGCCUGACAACAAGCUGCACCAGGUGGGACAGGUGUAUCUGUUCCUGCAGAGGGAGGGCUCAGCCUUUUCUCCCAAACCAGACCUGACUCUCACCGGGAGGGACGUCUAUGGAAGGUUUGGCAGCGCUAUAGCCACACUUGGAGACAUAGAUCAAGACGGUUAUAAUGACAUUGCAGUGGGAGCUCCCUAUUCUGGCAGUGAAGGAAGAGUGUUCAUUUUCACUGGUCAAAGCGAUGGAGUGAAGCCUCAGUACACCCAGGUCCUGGAAAGCCCAUUCCCCAAACAAAGCACCUCAGCAGCCUUUGGGUUUUCCCUUAGAGGGGGGGCAGAUAUUGAUUCCAAUGGCUAUCCAGAUUUGCUCGUCGGCGCUUGGGGGGUCAGCAAAGUUGCUGUGUACAGAUCACAGCCUGUUAUCCUAGCAAAAGCCAAAAUCACUCUUUACCCUGAUGUUCUGAAUCCUGACACCAUGACCUGUAAACUACCACAAUCCAACACUCCAGUCUCCUGUUUUACCAUCAUGUCAUGUGUCACUGUGUCCGGCCGGAGCAUUCCAAAACAAAUAGUCCUGAAUUCCGAACUCCAGCUAGACCGGAUGAAACAGAGGAGAAUGAGACGAACGCUCUUUCUGGACUCAAACCAGCCCAAAGACGUGUUCUCCCUGUUCAUUGACAGAGACAAGGGGUUUGCCUGCAAGAACUUCACUGCAUAUCUCAGGGAUAAAUCAGAGUUUAAAGACAAGCUGAGUCCUAUUAUCAUCAGCCUGAAUUACACCCUCAAUGAGUCGUCCCCACAAGGGUCAAAGACUCCCUUGGCAGUGCUGCAUGGACAGAAGGCAGGAGCUGUACAGACUCGAAUAAUUUUGGACUGUGGCACUGACAAUAUCUGCAUUCCAGAUCUGAAACUCUCUGCAUAUCUGGACAAGACCCGUCUGCUCAUAGGUAAUGAGAACCCAGUACUGCUGGUUGUCAGUGCAGAGAACCAGGGAGAGGGAGCCUAUGAGACGGAACUCCGUGUUCAACCUCCCCCACAUACACACUUCCAGGGAGUUCUGAGGAACAGAGAGGGGUUCACGAAGCUGACCUGUACCAAGAUGAAGGAGAAUGACACUGUAGUUGUGAUCUGUGACUUGGGGAACCCAAUGAAACAGGGGGGCCAGUUAAAGGCGGGUCUCAACUUCAGUGUCAGCUAUUUAGAUGAGGUGGAAAGCAGUGUUUUGUUUGAACUGCAGGUUAAAAGUAAAAACAGCCACAACCCAGACAGCAAUGUGGUGAAUUUGAAGAUCAGUGUUAGUGCUGUGGCUUCACUGGAAAUGCGUGGGGGCUCUUCUCCUGUUGAGUGUGUUCUACCAAUAACGGAAUGGCAGCCACAAUCAGACCUUAAAACAAUUGAGGACAUUGGUCCACAGAUUGAACAUAUCUAUGAACUGCACAACAAAGGCCCAGGGACAGUGAAUGCCAGGAUGGAGGUGGACUUUCCCACCCAUCUCCAUGGAGAUAUCUUUCUCUAUGUCUUUAGCAAUGCUGUGGAGGAGAACUUGAAGUGUGAAACAAACUUGUCUGCCAUUGAUCGUUUCAAACUUGUGAAGCCUUCAGACACUGCUUUGAACCAAUCCAUAGCUUUCAACCCUCACAAUAUUGAUAAACGAGAAGUGGACCAGCCAGAGCAACUGCACAAAGAACCAACUCAUGUGAACUGCAGCCAUGCGGUGUGUGUGAGUUUCAGGUGUCAGGUGACUAACCUGGAGCGUGGCAAGAGUGCUGUCAUCAGGGUGAUGUCUCGACUCUGGGUCAAAAGCUUCUUGAAGAGACCCUUUGAAGAUUUCAUCCUGCAGUCCAUGGCUUCGUACAGCGUGAUCAGCAUGCCAUACAAGAUCAAGCCUGAGGUGCUCCCAAGUGGAAGUGCAGAGACCCUUACUGAGAUUGUGUGGAUCUCUCCAGAUGGUGAGAAGGAAGUGCCUCUCUGGUGGAUUAUUGUAGCUAUUAUUGCAGGCCUCAUCCUGCUGUCUCUCCUCAUCUUCAUCUUGUGGAAGAUUGGGUUCUUUGAACGAACACGACCUCCGAAUGAUAAUAGUGAAGAACUCAAUCCAGAGGAUAAUUGAGAGUAUGCAGAGAUGCAGUGUACAACUGAAAAUUAAAGCACCCAUGGCCAAGCUUGUUCCCUUACGCUUUUGAAUUUUAACUCCCCUACCUGUAUGAUCUUCAGUGGAAAUGCAGAGAUUCUAUACUAAUGAUAACACACAUUAAGUCAUAUAUAUAUAUAUAUAUAUAUAUAUAUAUAUAUAUAUAUAUAUAUAUAUAUAUAUAUAUAUAUAUAUAUAUUCUCUCUCUCUCUCUCUUUCUCUCUCUCUCUAUAUAUGUGUGUGUGUGUGUGUUGUGGUGAUGCUCCACAACAAUUAGGUAAUUACUAGACUUUAUCUGCGAUACAAUUUUUUUUUUAUUAUUCUCAUUAAAUAUCAGAUGGUUUAAAGUGUUGUUUAUAAUUUUGUUAAAUAAUCCAGUAGGUUGAUAUUACUACUAAUCUUUAGUG